AUGGCGAGUUCUUAUUGCUCCGCUCGUACCACAGCACUUGCACUUGGGGAGGUGGUGGAGCUCGCGGCCGGACAGGACAGGGAAAAGGGCCGACGGACUUUUUUCCGCAACGCGACGUGGAAACAGCCAGGACGCCGUGCGUGGCCUUGGACGCUUUGCGCGGCGCGGUCUGGCACGCGGGUGCGCGCCCGUGCGGACGCGUCCCCCUCCCCGGCUCCCCCUGCGGCCGCCACGCCCCACGCAGGUGGCGCGACGGCGACGCGGUUCGCUGGACUGGCGGGGGCCUCUCUGCCAGCGGAGCGUCGCGCGGCGGCGAUGGUCGCAAUGGCGAAGAGGGAGCAGGAUCUGGAGGAGAUCCGGGCCAUGACGACGGAACAGAUGGAAGAGGAGGUGGUAGACCUCAAGGGGGAGCUUUUCCUGCUCCGCCUUAAGCGCUCGGCGCGCCAGGAGUUCAAGAACAACGAGUUCAGUCGCAUGCACAAGAGGAUUGCUCCUAUGUUGACCGUGAAAAGAGAGCGGGAAAUUGAACAAGGGAUCAAUAAAAGAUUGUCUAGGAAGCUUGAUAGGAAAUGGAAGCAGAGCAUUGUGGUCAGACCACCACCAUCUCUAAGGGGGAACAAAGAGGAGUAGAAAGCCGCAAAAAGAGGGCAAUGUGCAAAAGUCGUUUCAUGUGAGUGUUGCAGGAAGGUCCCUUCAUGAUUUCAACCCUUAUUGCGUUGUUAUGUAUUCCAUGUUUACAUUUUGCUAAGCAUUGCUAACUGAAUCUGAAUUUCAGUUGUUAGUCUCUUCUGUAAAUUUUGACUUAUUUAAAUUUACACUUCUAUCUGUGUUAUCAGUAAUUGAGG